CAAACACCGGUUCUAGUUCGUUUUCAAAACGUUGUCACAAUUUUGAGAAAGCUCUGCAACAAUUACAGGCACAAGCCAGAACCACAGUUCGGAAAACCACCCAUGCUUCCUUCCCGCCAUCUCCGCGCCGCCGCGCGGCAGCGAAGCCACAGGCGGCCGCCCGCCCCUGCCGACGCUUGCAUUACGGGCAAGCCUGAUAUGGAGGUCAUCCGGCGCAACAGAGCCAUCACGGCGCACAUGCGUGCGGGCCGCGUUCCAGACGCCGAGCGCCUAUUCGCCGCGAUGCCCCGCCGUUCCACCUCCACCUACAACACCAUGCUCGCCGGGUACGCCGCCAACGGACGCCUCCCGCAGGCGCUCUCCUUCUUCCGUUCCAUUCCGCGCCCCGAUUCCUUCUCCUACAACACGCUCCUGCAUGCGCUGGGGGUGUCGUCAUCGCUCGCCGACGUGCGUGCUCUGUUCGACGAAAUGCCCGUGAAGGAUUCCGUGUCCUACAACGUCAUGAUCUCAUCUCACGCUAACCAUGGUCUGGUCUCGCUCGCACGGCACUACUUUGAUCUCGCCCCAGAGAAGGAUGCUGUCUCGUGGAAUGGCAUGCUUGCUGCCUAUGUCCGGAACGGACGGAUCCAAGAGGCAAGGGAGCUGUUCGAUUCAAGGACAGAGUGGGAUGCAAUUUCUUGGAAUGCUUUGAUGGCUGGGUAUGUGCAGCGCAGUCAGAUAGAAGAAGCGCAGAAAAUGUUUAAUAAAAUGCCACAGAGAGAUGUUGUUUCCUGGAAUACUAUGGUGUCCGGUUAUGCGAGGAGAGGAGAUAUGGCUGAGGCAAGAAGGUUGUUUGAUGUGGCCCCAAUUAGAGAUGUGUUCACCUGGACAGCUAUUGUCUCUGGAUACGCACAAAAUGGGAUGCUCGAAGAGGCCAAGAGGGUGUUUGAUGCCAUGCCAGAUAAGAAUGCUGUGUCGUGGAAUGCAAUGAUGGCAGCAUAUGUCCAGCGGAGGAUGAUGGAGGAGGCAAAGGAGUUGUUUGAUGCUAUGCCCUGUAGGAAUGUGGCUUCGUGGAACACAAUGUUGACAGGGUAUGCUCAGGCUGGGAUGCUGGACGAGGCGAGAGCAAUUUUUGGCAUGAUGCCCCAGAAGGAUGCAGUCUCAUGGGCUGCAAUGCUGGCUGCGUAUUCACAAAUUGGUUUCAGUGAGGAAACACUGCAGUUGUUCAAAGAGAUGGGACGUUGUGGUGAGUGGGUGAAUAGGUCAGCAUUUGCUUGUGUUUUGAGCACAUGUGCUGACAUUGCUGCACUUGAGUGUGGAAUGCAGCUGCAUAGUAGGUUGAUUAAGGCUGGUUAUGGGGUGGGCUGCUUUGUUGGAAAUGCACUUCUAGCUAUGUACUUCAAAUGCGGAAGCAUGGAGGAAGCUCACAGUGCAUUUGAAGAGAUGGAGGAGAGGGAUGUUGUUUCGUGGAAUACUAUGAUUGCAGGCUAUGCACGUCAUGGUUUUGGCAAGGAAGCACUUGAGGUUUUUGAUACCAUGAGGAAGACAUCUACCAAGCCAGACGAUAUUACUUUGGUUGGAGUACUUGCAGCAUGUAGUCAUUCUGGCUUGGUUGAGAAAGGGAUUUCAUACUUCUAUUCAAUGCACCGGGAUUUUGGUGUGGCAACAAAACCUGAACACUACACUUGUAUGAUAGAUCUUCUUGGCCGUGCUGGGCGAUUGGAUGAAGCAGUUAAUCUUAUGAAGGACAUGCCUUUUGAGCCUGACUCUACCAUGUGGGGUGCAUUACUUGGUGCCAGUAGGAUCCACCGCAACUCUGAACUUGGCAGGAAUGCAGCUGAGAAAAUAUUUGAGUUGGAACCUGAAAAUGCAGGCAUGUAUGUCUUGCUUUCAAAUAUAUAUGCAUCAUCUGGCAAAUGGCGUGAUGUGGACAAGAUGAGACAUAUAAUGCAUGAGCGUGGUGUGAAGAAGGUUCCAGGAUUCAGUUGGAUUGAGGUGCAGAACAAAGUCCACACUUUCUCAGUGGGUGAUUCUGUGCAUCCUGAAAGAGAGGACAUAUAUGCUUUCCUGGAAGAUCUUGACAUCAGGAUGAAAAAGGCUGGAUAUGUAUCAGCUACAGAUAUGGUUUUGCAUGAUGUUGAGGAGGAAGAGAAAGAGCACAUGCUAAAGUAUCAUAGCGAGAAGCUUGCUGUUGCUUAUGGUAUUCUAAAAAUUCCUCCUGGGAGGCCCAUCCGGGUGAUAAAGAACCUGAGAGUAUGCAGAGACUGUCACACUGCUUUCAAGUGUAUCUCUGCGAUUGAGGGAAGACUGAUCAUACUGCGGGAUUCCAACCGGUUUCACCAUUUUAGAGAUGGUUCUUGUUCAUGUGGUGAUUACUGGUGAUUAUGACUAGAUAUUUCAUGCAAAGAAAUUCUGAAUGAACUGCACUGGACUUCGAAAUCAUGAUAAUGCAAUGCAUACUAAGGACCAAAAAAGUAGGCAUUCUGAUGUAUGGAUCUAGCCCUGUUAGCCACUACCCACUAGACCACCUACUUUGCUACUGGUUCAAAAAGAAAUUAGCCUGGUGAUCUGCCACAUUAAAUGGCUUUCAGUUCAUUGGUGAGUACUGAGAUCCAUCCAUCUAGAAGGAAAAGACAUUGAUUGAGUUGGUUUAUUUAUGAUUUCCCUCAUCAUUGCUUCCUGGCUUACUGCCCCAUGCAGCUUUUGCUUAUGUACAAGUUAACAAAUUUCAAUUAAAAUGACCAUGCCAGGUAGAGGGCGCACUCCAUUUAGAGAUAUAUCCAACAACAGGAUCAUCACAAGUGAAAUUCACAUACAUAGAUAAAGGAAGACACUUUUCUCCUUUUAUAUGAUCUCUUACAAUUUAGGUGUUACACCUCGGCCAAUCUUUCUUCCAAAAUCAAUAAUAUAUGACUAUGCAAUUGUCCAUGACCAUGAGCAAGUGUUGUAACCUUGGGCACACCACUACAGCCGUAACUGUUGCCCUUGUGAACGUAAAAUGCAAUGGGAUAAGGGUCGUCUGGUGCUGAAAUGACUGAGGAACAGAGGGAAGAAAGGAAUAUAAAGCAACAUAUGAAUACCAAGCAAAGGGUAAGGCUGAAACAGAAAAAUUUCAGGGAGCAAUUGCUGGAUCAUCUGUACUGGCCCCACCUACUCUUGAGUCUUGAUAUGUUUGUUUAGGAUUCAACAAUUUUGCAAGCAUCAAUCACGAGACAAGGAAAAUGUUGAUAGGGCUGACCCGGACCCCACAUUAUAUAGGCUACAGGACGGGCCUUAGUAGUUCCCUUUUGGAGUGUAUACUGUGUCCAGUGAUGCAGAAUGUACAAGAUCUGAAAUCUCUCCAAGUGAAAGGAACUGCAACCCCAUAGAGCAAUGAAUGAACUAAUGAGAUAGUUAACUCAAUCACUAUUAAAGACUACCCUGAUAAACUUCUUUGUGUCGAUCUGUUUCUGAGCACACGUGUGACUAUCUGACAUUCGUCAAGCUAAUGGACACAGGCAUUCACAAAGAGUGCGUCCACUGGUAUUGAAGAGAAGGUGCUGAAGUUGGUUGAGAUAGACUUUCCAGAGGAUAUGAUGAGCAGUGCCCUGAAGUGCGUGUCUAUAAUGUAUAAAUUUACAAUGUUGUGAAAAUUCUGAAUACAGUGAAGCAGUCAGAAACGUUCAGAGUUCUGUUUUAACUUUUAAGUGCAGAGCUCUGAAUGUUCUGAAACUCCGGAUGUUCUGUUUUAACAUUCAGAGAAUUCCAAACCUUUCUAGCUUAUGGAGGCACCGUUUUCGUUUUAA